AGCGACAAUGUCAUGGGCGACUUCGGGCUCGGAGACCAGGAUUGGCUGGCGCUGCCGCUCGAUCCGCUGCUCAGCAGCUACAUGGCGGACGUCACGCAGACGACGUACGGUCCGGACAUCGGUUGUUAUUGCAUGCUGGAUGUGUUGCUGCGUGGCCGGGAGAGGGAUAGGUAGUGGUUUUAGGAAUAAGGAGCGACGCGAUGAUGAACUAGGGAUUACGAGUGCAUUAUAUGCUGUCGUAAAAUGGCAUAAAGAGUGAUCGGGUUCGUAUAUACCGCCUCAAUAUAACGGAUCACGUAAAUGGAUAACUAGUGAGUCCA